GAUUCAACUGGUAUAGAUUUAGUGGAAUUUAUAAGAAAAACUUUAAACAAAUCUGUUAAAGAUAAGAAAAUGUUACUGCAGUUAGAAAAAGACUUCAAAAAAUUUAUCAGAGAACCUAAUCAUCAGUACUUACAACUUCCAGAAAUGUCUUCAUAUGAUAGAAUGGUAGUACAUCGUAUAGCUGCUUUUUUCGGUUUAGAUCACAAUGUUGACCAACGUGGUAAAUCUGUUAUUGUUAGUAAAACCAAGAAAACACGAGUGUAA